UAGAUCGCCCUGUCUGAGUUUACAGCUGAGUGGGCCACUGCUCCGCGGCUCUGUUAUAUAACUUUAAUGUUCUCACGGCUCGUUAACCGCUCAUAGCGGCAAUUCGUUGCAAGUCGCAUUUUUGUCGAUUCGUUAUGGAUUAAUCCAAACGAUCGGGAGCGACUGACUUUUAUUGCUCUUAUUUUUUUCUCUCCCCUUCUUCCCCCUGUUGCUGACGAGGCGUAUUAAAAGUUGUCGACGGAUCCAAGAAGCGGCGCUCAAGCGACGCGGCGGCGGAGUUAGAAAAUAUUGCGGAGAUUGUUUUCCUGUCACACGGUCAGAGACGCCGCUGCGAACUGCUGUGGCAUUUCAGCGUGAAACACCAGCGCUGCAAGAAGUGACGAUUUUUACCGCCUAACAUGUUUCAUUUCGGGGAAAAUUGUUCAGACAGGAGAUGACCUAAUAAUAUUUUUCUCUUACUACAGGUAAGGGCUACUUUCAGAAUGACGACAUGGAUCAGGGAGGACCAAAGCACAAUGGUAAUCGGAACGACAACCUUACAUUUGUAGGACUUGGACCGCAAGUAGUUAGAGACACAGUGGACACACCCGAUUUACGGCUUCAAUCUGCAAUGCAUCUACCCGGUCCAGGGUCUAUGAAUCAGAGCACAGUAGCACCGAAUGGACGAGGGGGAACCAAAGACGAGAGGGAGCACUCAGGACUCUUUGAGUCAGAUAAGGAGGGUAAAAUGAGCAGGAUACAUAAGCAAGAACAGGAUCUAUUCAGCUAUGGGGACAAUUUGCCUUUGCUGAACCAGAGUAUUUCUGACUUUGAUCAGAUGCCUGCCGCUGUCAUUAACACAUCAGAAAACUCUGUUUUGGGCAACCUACCUUUGCCAGACCUGUUCUCGCAGCAAAUUAAGCAGGAGGGGACCUUCUCUCUGCAUAAGGAGUUAGGAACUUUUGGUGGACAGACAGGGGCUGCUGCUUACAAUUUGGAUGACAGAAGCGCUCCGGUACUGGAUGAUGCAGAUAUCUGGCAAGAUCUGGACCUUCCGAACUCUCUGCCAGAAAUCAGCGCUUUUGAAUUGGAUUCAGAAGUGGCACAUUUGGAUACUAUCCUCCAGGAGAGUAGCGGUGGUGGUGGUGGUGGUCCUGAAAAGUCCCUUUUGGGUAACGGGGCAAACUGUAUCGGUUUGAAUGGCGCUGAGCAGCAGCAGCAGUCUCCACACCCCCUGGUACAACAUCAGCUUCAGCAGCAGCAACAACCUCCGGCGAUGCUUUCCAGUGUCAUCAUAAAGGAAGAGAAGGAUCCCGAUUUCAUCCGCAUCCAUACCCCUGGUGUGGUUAAGCAGGAGAAGCAGGACGGUGCCGGUUACUGCCAGUCCCAGUGUCUGCAGAGUAGCAUGAGCCCUCUGCAUGGAGUGGGAAACAUGUCUCCCAUGGAUGUUGGAGCAGGAACUGGAUACCACUACAGAGCCAAUCCUGGUACAGUAGGCAUACAAGACCAGAAGCCUUUUGGCACGUACCAAAACCUGCAAGGAGUCGGAGAGAGCUGGGUAGGUGGGAAGAGGUAUGGAGACUCCUCUGGAAUUCAAGGCACUAGUGAUCGCCUCUCCUCUCCUGGAGCUUUGGGGAAUUUUUCUGUCGGAUUUCCAAGCCCAUCAGCCAGAACUGGAGAAAACAACAGCACUUCAGCGACCGGCCAGUCCAAGCCUGGCGGGCAAGCCCAUAAGAUAUGCCUGGUGUGUUCAGACGAGGCAUCUGGAUGCCAUUACGGGGUUGUUACCUGUGGCAGCUGCAAGGUCUUCUUCAAGAGGGCUGUCGAAGGAUGGAGAGCACGGCAAAACACAGAUGGUCAGCACAACUACCUGUGCGCUGGAAGAAACGACUGCAUCAUUGAUAAGAUUCGCAGGAAGAACUGCCCGGCAUGCCGCUUCAGGAAAUGUCUCCAGGCAGGAAUGAAUCUGGAAGCGAGGAAAAACAAGAAGAAUAAGAUAAGAGUGCAGCAGCGAUCCCCAGAACCAACCGGCAACAUGUCUGUGGCCAUCAUACCCAGAAGCAUGCCCCAGCUGGUUCCCACCAUGCUUUCUGUCCUGAAGGCCAUCGAGCCUGAGAUAAUUUUCUCAGGCUACGACAGCACGCUACCAGACACCUCGUCCCGUCUCCUGAGCACCCUCAACAGACUGGGAGGCCAGCAGGUCAUCUCCGCCGUCAAAUGGGCCAAGUCGCUGCCAGGCUUCCGUGAACUGCACCUUGAUGACCAGAUGACUUUGCUGCAGUGCUCCUGGCUCUUCCUGAUGUCCUUUGGUCUUGGUUGGAGAUCCUAUGAGCAGUGUAACGGCAGGAUGCUCUGUUUUGCCCCAGAUCUCGUCAUAAAUGAGGAGCGUAUGAAGCUGCCUUUAAUGGGCGACCAGUGCGAGCAGAUGCUGAAGAUUUGCAACGAGUUUGUCAGACUGCAGGUCUCCUACGAAGAGUACCUCUGCAUGAAGGUCCUGUUACUCCUCGGUACAGUACCCAAAGAAGGCCUGAAGUGCCAGGCGGUUUUUGAUCAGAUCAGGAUGACUUACAUCAAGGAGCUGGGAAAAGCCAUCGUGAAACGAGAGGAGAACACAAGUCAGAACUGGCAGCGAUUCUACCAGCUAACUAAGCUACUGGACUCCAUGCAGGAGAUGGUGGAGGGUCUCCUGCAGAUUUGCUUCUACACCUUCUUGAAUAAGACCCUCAGUGUGGAAUUCCCCGAGAUGCUGACGGAGAUCAUCACCAACCAGAUACCAAAAUUCAAAGACGGGAGUGUCAAACCUCUGCUGUUUCAUCAGAAAUGACGGCCUUGAAAUGUGAAUCAAUGCCUUAAAUCCCCAACCUGCUUCAGGCCCUUCUGCUCAAAUUCUUUAUUCCGCCCCCCCAAUAUUCUUGUCCGUUCUUUGGUGUUUGUUUUCAUUUUUGGAAAGUCAGCCUCAUCCCUUCAUCCCUUGCCUGUUCAGUCUAAUCUCAGAAAUUACCCAUAGCCUCAUAGUCGCCACCCCAGUCUGUCUGCACAGAAGCAAAUUGAAUGUUUUUAAAGCAUCUGUCCGUUUUCCUCAAUCCCUCACCUCUUGAACUCAGACAUUUAUUUUUUUUAAAGUCCUCCUACUCUCUACAUCGCUGAAAUCAUUUUAACUUGCCGGCCUUGCUCUGCUUCUCCGCGCUGUGAAUGUCGCUCACAGUCUAGAGACGAAGGGGACAGAUUGAAGCUUUGAUGCAAAAGAACCUCACUUCUUCUGGAUUCACGGACGAAAAGCAAAAACGGACCCGAACUGGACCUAUUUACCCGA